GGUUUGACAGAAGUUUCCUCCUCUGUAAGACUAGUCUGUGCCUGCACAGUUAGCAUUCUGUGCUGAGUUGGCAAUAUUGACAGCGACAACUCUGUAACUUUACUGUAUAUUGGAUGGUACCGUAAAUUCAAAGUGAAAUUUAGUAAUGAAUGUACUUAAACAAUAUACUUAAAUAUUAUUAUUUAAUGAACUAUGAGUGGCCAAAAAUUUCAAUAUGACGAAAGUGGUGGAAAAUUUUUCUACGUUUUACUUUCAUUUUUGGCACUUCUCUUGAUACCUGGGACGUACUAUCUUUGGCCACGUUGCCCGAAGCAAGGUUAGAUUUGGAUAAAUCUAUUUUAUUAAACAUAGGAAUUAAGUGACAUUACGAUAUCGUUGCACUGUCAUGAAUAUUAUUCACCCAUUCAUAAAGUUUGGCUAUACACUGUACUCAUUUCUGUCACUAUCCUUAUUAUAUUGGGAUGGGUGAUUUUAAUAUUUUUGGCAUAUAAAGUAUCACAAUUUGACUAUGAAAGGGCCAAUUUUGAAUGUUAUAAUUAUUUGCAGCUAUCAUCACAAAGUGACAUUAAAAAGGCUUAUCGUAAAAAGUCUUUGAUUCUUCAUCCAGAUAAAGAGACUGGAAAUGAUAAAGCAUUUAUGAAACUAACCAAAGCUUAUCAGGCAUUAACAGAUGAGGAAGCACGAAGAAAUUGGGAAAAGUAUGGAAAUCCAGAUGGUCCAAGAGCAAUGAGCUUUGGAAUAGCUUUACCAUCUUGGAUUGUUGAGAAAGAAAAUUCUGUAUGGGUUUUGGGAUUAUAUUCAUUAGUAUUUAUGAUUGCUUUACCAACUGCUGUUGGAAUGUGGUGGUAUAAGAGCAAUCGUUAUACUGAUGAUCAAGUGUUACUGGAAACAUCAAAAAUGCAUUACUGCUUCUUUCUGAAAACAUCAUUAAUGUCACUGAAAAGAGUAAUCAUGGUGCUUGCUGCUUCCUUUGAAUUUUGUAAAGAACUAAAUGCAGAAAUAGUUGAAAGACAUACAGACUAUGAUGAAGUUCAUUCGCUUAUUAAACAAUUGCCCUUACUAGGGGUAAAAAACAGGGAGGAACCAUUAUGCAAUUCAUAUUCAAUUAAAGCUAGAGCUUUACUUCAUGCGCAUUUAUCUCGCAUACCGCUAAAUCCUGAAACGUUGGAAAAAGAUAAACAAUAUAUACUAAAAAAAUGUCCUUAUUUAAUUCAAGAAAUGGUUACUUGCGUUAAUAGAAUAAUUCUACUAGCUUAUGCUAAGAGAGUUCCACAAGUACCCAGUAUAAAGACUAUAGAAAAUUGUAUGAAAUUAUGUCCUAUGCUAGUACAAGGAUUUUGGGAAUUUAAAAAUCCUCUUUUGCAAUUACCACAUAUAACUGAAGAUAAUUUGAAAUGUUUCUUAGCAAAGAAGCAUCAAAUCAGGAGUCUUCAACAAUUUGCACAAUUGAAAGGAGAAGAAACAAGACUGAUCCUUAGAAAUUUAUCAGACAGUGAAUAUGAAGAUGUUAUGAAAGUUCUUGGAAGUAUGCCAUACGUAGACUUCAAAAUACGAUCCGAAGUCAUUGAUGAUGAAAACCCCACAGUUUAUACCGUCGGUGCUAUCGUAACCGUGACAGUAUCGUUAACUCGCAAAGAUAUGAGACAUUUGUUUGGAGAUGAUACUGUCAAAGAACAAAUAAUGAUUGAUGAUGGUAAAGUUGGGAGUGGUGAUGCUCCCGAAGAAGUACCAGAAGAACAAAAUCAAGUUGUAAAGAAGCCUGCAUGGCAUAGACAAAAGAAAGGACAAAAGAGAUCUCACAAAAAGGGCACUAGUAAAAAGUCUGCUGCUGUAAAAAAUGCACAGUCACAGUCUGGAAAUGAGAAUGCUCAAAAAACAAAUAUUCCUAAUGCAAAGAAAAAAGAAGAUAAAGUAGAAAAAGAGUCUUCCAAAGAUAAACUAUCCGAUGUUAGUGACAGUAAUGUUGACAGCGACAGGAGUGAUGAUGAAGAUAGUCAUGAUAAGAAAGAUGUAUCCGUUGAUGAUGACGAUACAGAGUGGGAAAGGUUUCAGCAAAGGAUUUCUAAGAGAGAAAAAGUUUUGGAGGGAAGGAGUAAUUUAUCACAUGAAGUACACUGCCCCCUCUUUCCAGAUGUUAAACAGGAAUACUGGUGGCUUUACAUAUGUGAUCGCAAAAGUCAGACUUUACUGACACCUCCUAUUUUUGUCAAGUCAUUAGCACAUUCUGAAGAAAUUCAGUUGAAGUUUGCAGCACCAAAGUGGCCAGGUGUUUAUACGUUUACUGUAUGUUUACGUAGUGACUCGUAUCUCGGCUUUGAUCAAGCUCAAAAUAUUAAGUUGGAUGUGAAAGAAGCACCAGAAGUACUUACAGAACAUCCUCAGUGGGAUAUUUCAGAUGAAGAAACUGCAGAAGAUGUUGAUGCAGCUGACGAACAUUCCGAAUUCACAACUGAUGAGGACAUCAGUGAUAACGAAUAAUAUCUAUUUCUCAGAAAGGUUGAACAAAUGAUAUUCAGAACAAUCUCAUUUUCCUGUUUUUUUACUCCUGAAAUUAAUCUAUUCUUCAAUCUCUGAAAUUUCUCUCAGAAAGAUUGAACAAACGAUAUUCAAAACAAUCUUAUUUCCUGUCUUUUUUACUUCUGAAAUUAAUGUACAAUGAACUUUUAUACGUGGAAUUGCAUAAUCGUUAAUGUAUGUGGACAAUCUAGGAAAAUAGUACGGUGUGUAAGAUUUCUCAGUGCAGAGAAAGUAAUAGCAAAUAAAAAUCAUAAUAUUUAUUUUAACAUUGUUGUUUACUCCUCAGUUUAGGAUGUGUAUACAAUUUUUUAAUAAAAUAUAUCAUAAAAUAAA